GCUACCUCACCCUUGAGGUUCCUUCCUACAAGACGGAGGUGAUUUGAUGGCUCCUGCACGGCCAGUUGUAUCCGUCUUCUCCACGCUGACAGCCGACGGUGCAGACCUGGAGCCCCAGUCGAUAGUGAACGUGACCGAGAGCCGAGGGGUCCUGGACAGCAUCCAGAGGUUCUCCCUGCUGCCCACCUACCUGCCCGUGACCUACCACAUCGACGGGGCCGAUGCCGCCUUCUUCCUGAAGGAGGCCAACCAGGACAUCAUGCGGAACUCCAGCCUCCAGUCCCGGGUGGAGUCCUUCCUGGUCUUCAAGUCCCAGAGGCUGCCUGUUCUCAACGUGAGCUACGGGCCAUUCUCCAUCCAGCACGUGGUGCCUCAGGACUUACUGCUGCCCUCCAACCCGUUCGGACCCACCAGCAAGUUCUCCCUUAACUGGAAACUGAAGGCCUACGUGCUGCGGGAGAGGAUCUACCUGAGCCGGCCCAAGGUGCAGGUCCUGUUCUACGUCGUGGGCCGGGACUGGGACGACCACGGCUCCGGGGAGAGGCUGGCCCGCCUGCGUGUCUUUGCCUUCCGGGGGACGCAGGAGGUGCGGGGCAGCUGCCGGCUGCAGGGGGAGCUGGGGCUGUGCGUGGCCGAGCUGGAGCUCCUGGCCAGCUGGUUCAGCCCCCCCACGGUGGUUGCAGGGAGGAAGAAGCCCGUGGACCAGCCGGAGGGCAGCCCGGUGGAGCUCUACUACACGGUGCAGCCGGGCGACGAGCGAGGGGACUGCGCUCGGGGGCACUCGCGGGCCGGCGGCGUUCAGGCAGACCACGGCGACAUGGACGAGGCCGGGCCUCCCCUGCAGAGGAUCGGGAGCGUUUUUCUGUACCAGACCCACAGUCGACCUCUCCUGCGGGAGCUGCGCCUGGACAGCAAUGUGGCCAUUCACUACGUCCCGAAGACGGUCCGACACGGGGAUGUGCUGACCUUCCCUGUGUCCAUCUCCAGAAACGCCACCGAAGACCACUUCACGCUGAGGGCAAAGGUGAAGAAAGGCGUGCACAUCGUCGGGGUGAGAGCCAGCAGCCCUUCCAUCUGGGACGUCAAGGAGGGUGCGGGUCACACGGGGAGGUACGCCCCAGCGGUCAUCACCUGUCAGAAGAAGUCUGCCGGCUCUGAGGACAGGGCUGACGGCGCUGCCUACGAAGUCAUGCAGGUCGAUGUGGAGGUGGAGGGGCCCGGCGACGUGCCGACCACACAACUGGUCACGUGGCAGGUGGAGUACCCAGGAGAGAUGACGUCGGACCUGGGCGUGUCCAAGAUCUACGUGAGCCAGAAGGACGUGAUCGGAGUGAUCCCACUGGCCAUGGAGGCGGAGAUCCUGAACACGGCCAUCCUCACGGGGAAGACGGUGGCCGUCCCGGUGAAGGUGGUCUCCGUGGAGGAGGAUGGCACGGUGACAGACCAGCUGGAGGCCGUGGAGUGCCGAUCGUCUGAUGAAGACGUGGUUAAGGUCUCUGACAGGUGUGAUUACAUCUUCGUCAACGGGAAGGAGAUGAAGGGCAAGGUGAACGUGGUGGUCAGUUUCACCUACCAGCACCUGCACAGCCCCCUGGAGGUGACGGUGUGGGCGCCCCGGCUCCCGCUGCAGAUAGAGGUUUCGGACACCGAGCUCAACCAGAUCAAGGGCUGGAGGGUGCCCAUCCUCUCCAGCAAAAGUCCAGCCCAGGACAGCGAGGAGGAGGAAGACGAGGAGAGGAGGAGCCGAGGGUGCACCCUCCAGUACCAGCGUGCCAUGGUCCGCGUCCUGACGCAGUUCGUGGCCGAAGCCGCUGAGCCCGGGGGACCACCGGCCUACCUGCUGGGCUCGGACUGGCAGGUGGACAUCACAGAGCUGAUAAACGACUUCAUGCAGGUGGAGGAGCCCAGGGUCGCCAAGCUGCAAGGGGGACAGAUCUUGAGUGGGCAGGAGCUGGGGAUGACCACCAUCCAGGUCCUGUCGCCUCUGUCGGACGCCAUCCUGGCUGAGAAGACCGUCACCGUGCUGGACGAGAAGGUGACCAUCACAGACCUCGGGGUGCAGCUGGUGACGGGGCUGUCGCUCUCCCUGCAGCUCAGCCCAGGGAGCAACAGGGCUGUCUUCGCCACCGCGGCGGCUCAGGAGCUUCUGCAGGGGCCCAAGCAGGAAGCCGCCCUCAGUUGCUGGGUCCAGUUCAGCGACGGCUCCGUCACACCCUUGGACAUCUACGAUGGGAAAGACUUCUCCUUGAUCGCCACGUCCCUGGACGAGAAGGUGGUCUCCAUCCACCAAGACCCCAAGUUCAAGUGGCCCGCCAUCGCCGCGGAGACCGAGGGCCAGGGAGCCCUGGUGAAGGUGGAGAUGACCAUCAGCGAGUCGUGCCAGAAGUCCAAGCGGAAGAGUGUGCUCGCCGUCGGGACAGCGCACAUCACGGUGAAAUUCGGCCAGAACGACGCGAACCCCAACACCAGCGACGGCAGGAACGCCGGGGCGGGCGUUCCCCUGGAAGCCAGCGCCAGUGACAGAGGACCCAAGAAGCCCUUGCACGAAUGGGGAGGCCCAGGCCAGCCCUACAGCAGCUCUUCCGUGGGGUACAUGGAAGGAAGAGGCGCCACCACAGAGAGGUCGGCCUUCCGCAAGAAGAGCGGCCAGGAGAGCCUUCUGGAUGACGGGGGCCACCUGCAAACCAUCCCCGUCGACCUCGCCAGCUCCCCAUCGCAGGCGGACCUCCCGAGGAGCCACGGGGAGUCGGACGAGAACGGCCUCACACCGGCGUCCCAGGGCCUGAGCGACCUGGAGACCGGCAUGUACGCGCUGCUGGGCGUCUUCUGCCUGGCCAUCCUGGUCUUCCUCAUCAACUGCGCGGCCUUCGCGCUCAAGUACAGGCACAAGCAGGUCCCGUCCGAGGAGCAGGAGGGUAUGAGUCACUCCCACGACUGGGUGGGGCUGAGCAACCGGACAGAGCUGCUGGAGAGUCACAUGAACUCUGCCUCCUCCCUGGAGGAGCAGGUCACCGCCAUCGGCAGGGGCCUGGAUUUCGAGGAGAGCAAGCAGCUCCUCAGCAGGGACUCCCCGCAGGGCAUCAACGGGCCGCUGUUCAAACCUUUGGGGCCCAUGGGCACUGACGGGAAAGACCAGAGAAGCGAGCCCCCGACAUCCCCUACCUCGAAAAGGAAAAGAGUGAAGUUUACCACUUUCACCACCAUCUCCUCGGACGAUGAGUGUCCUGCCAGGAACUCGGCCAUGAGUCACGAGGACGACAUCAAGUGGGUCUGCCAGGACCUGGACCCUGGGGGGUGCCAGGAGCUGCCCAACUACCUGGAAAGGACCCGUGAGAAUGUGUAAGCAGGCACACUCAGACUUCCUCCCUCACCUUUUGGCCUUUAAUUUGGGGAUGUGUGGCAACGGUGCACCAGGGGCAGAGGGACGUGACGGGACAGGACGAGGGUGACACCGCCAGCAGAGCUCCGAAAAGUGACUCCAGCCGGGCCAAGGAGGCCGCGCCGGCACCACUGCUCACCCCCAGUGCAGUCUGUUCAGCGCUAAGAGGUUUAUCAUGCGCAGCAGGGCUUGAGGGGUUGGGACGAAGGGGAGUUCGAUCACUGAGCUUCUGAGAGCUUCCAGGGAAGAGCAGCCUCUCGCCCUCCUUUAUCGAAGCCAUCUGGAGAUGAGAGGCCCGCGCGUCAACAAGGCCAGGCUGCGGAAGACCGCGAAACGCGGGCGGGCGCGCUCGUGCAUCGGCAGGAGGAUCGGGGCAGCGGGCCUCACCGCGAGCGCGCUCAGAGGGAGCUGGUGCUGCAGUCCCUCGAGGACAGACCGCAAGUCAUCCUGUCCCGAAGGCCGGGUCAGUGCUGGCCCUGGUUACUGACACUGCAACUGGAAAGGAACCAGUGUAUGAAGAGGCCAUAACUGUACUUGUAACACACCCAGAGCAAGCGAGUUCAAAUCCCCCGAGCGAUUCAGAGCAUUGCUUUACCUGUAAACUAAGGGGACUGGGUGUAGACUUGCAGUCGGGUUCACAGAACCAGGCUCUUUUUAGCAAGUCCACGAUGUCACAUCUGUCCUUCUGCGUACUGUCACCUUUCCCAAGCCUGCUGUCAUUCACGGCUGGGGUGCCGGGAGGGGUCAGUUUGCAGCACUGACUGGGUGUCUUUCUUCCCUCGGGGCUUGGUGUCAUCUCUCAGGUGACAUUCUACAGAGAAGCCUCCCAGUCACUCCUGCACCACCCGACACUGGGGGGGAAGCGGUACCCACAGUGAGCUCCACACUGAGUCCGAUGCGUUCCCUUUGCUUUUCCAGGAAAAAGAGAAGGACAUUUUGCCUUGGGUCUGUCACCAGCCAUGUCAGGUCCCCUGUCCAGAAGUUUUCCCUUGAAGCUGUCGAGACAAACCUGGGUGUCCGUGCGGGGUGUGCAGGGCGUACAGAGCUGCAGCUCCGGGUGUGUGAGACGGGGCGCACACUCAGCCAGGGAGGUAGGAAGUCAGGGUGCUCCCCUCAGAGCACGGAGGGUAUGCGCCAUCUGUGUGUGGGGCUGAUGCAGCUCAGGCACCUUCUGGGCUGGCCCUGAAAGGUUUCAUGUCACUUAAAACCAAGCUGGCACUCGAGGAGCUCUGCGACCCUCAGACGUGAAGUCCGCAGAGAUGCGGGGGUGGGGUGCAGAGCACGCUUACCCCGGCCCACGCGCACCCCAAGGCAGAGAGCGGUGGGGUGGACAGUUGCCAACUAGAUAUGAUCCUGAGGAGGGGGAGGGGACUGGGCAGAGGCCACGCAGUCGUCCACCUGUGUCCCCCCAUGUGUUGUUACCUGUCCCCUCCGCUCCUUCAGUCCCUCUUUUCCAGUAUCUCUCUGUCUCUGGGAACCUCUCUCCCUCCGUCCUCUCUGUCUCUGUCAUCCUCCUUCUCGCCAUGGUUUCUGUCCCUUCUGUCUCUCCAUGUGCUAGACUUCUCCCGAGAUGGGGUGACCACAGCCCUCCACGUCGCCCUGGGCCUCCCAUUCCCCGGCCAGCUGCAAUGUGAGGGUUUCCCCUGAGACGGGAUCCUAGAGCCAGCAAGUCACCUGCCCUGUUCCCAGGCUUGCCCGCCUUGUUCAGGAGGGGGACUGAGCCGUCACCCCUGCCCCGACAACCUCGGCCCUCACGUUUCUUUCCCUGGCCCCAGCGCUGGCCUGUGUCUGCUGCAGCCCCUGCCUGCUCCCGCACCCGCCCACGCCUAGGCCGCCGUGUAGACUGUAAGAGUGUAAUAUAUAUUUAUAAACGGACCACUGUA